CGACGCUCAAUGUGCACGCACGUAGUUGCUUAUGAGCUCCGUUAUCGUGUUUGCCGUCCGAUAAUAUGGUAGACAAAGUCCACGACACCGGUGGCGGUCCACUCCAAACGUCUAUGCCUAACAAACGCAAUCUUUCUAAUUCGUCAAUUUCUCCAAAAGUUGCCGAUAAAAAAUCAAAAAUAUUCGUUACACCAAAUCGGUUUGCUGCCCUGUACUCCGAGGAUUCUAGUGACACCGUAUUCAUCACAUCCACCAACAGUGCAUCAGCUCGUAACGAAAAACCGGGUCCUGCAAAUCAAAGUAUCGAGCAGCCGACGCUCGAUGUACAAGACGUCACGCCACGGGCUCCACCGUUUUACAUCUCCAACAUCUCAAAUUUCUCCGCCUUCACAAAUGAGCUAACAAAGUUAACCGGUCCUAACGCAUUUACCUAUGCGUCAAAUGCGGUGGAGACCAUCGCUCCGAGGACUGUACUAAGGAUCGCGAUAGUCCAGCCAAAUGCGCGCUCUGUUCUGAGGUUCACACGGCCAACUACAAAGGAUGUCGUGUUUAUCAAUCCGUUACCAAAAAACGCACUAAAGUGCUCACAAGAGUCUUGCCAGUCUCAGAUAAGCCCCCGUCCAUUCACACCCGACGCAAAGGAGAACCUAGGACUUACGCAGAAGCAACUGUGGGCAAUUCAAAUAAUCUAAACUCUGAACCUAUUUCCAAUAUUAUAUCCCAAUUUAUUACGCAACUUAAUUCCCUCUUUACUCCAUUGAUUUCUCUUUUAUCCUCUCUAUUAAACACAUUACUUUCUAAGAAUACCUUAUCUCCUUAAUUGCAGUCUUCGUGAAAUCAUAAAUAUCUAAACUGUUGUUAUUAAAUAUUCUGUGAUUAUGUUAUUUUAAUCUUAAUUGGAUACGAUAUCAUUUUCUACCGUCUAUCAUUAUUUGUAUUAAUCAGAUUUAUUAUUAUCAUAUUUAAU